AUGAAAUUGAUCAAUGAAAUGGCAGAAAAGCCAUACUCGGAGACCAUAUUUCCAUUAUAUCGAGUUAUGACCGGACUACAAACAGUCCCCGGGGCCAUGCUUGAGAUCCCUUCGGAGACGAUGUCUAGCCUCCAAGUUGAGCUAACCAAGACCCUACGUAAUCUCGACGAUCACAUGGGGAACCUCCUCUGUCUAGCUACAUUUGCCCGAAUCGCAUCAUCUUGGACCGCUGAUGCUGAGAAUAAACACGGACCCUAUCUUCCAUCAUGGUUACAGAGUGUGAAGGGAUUUUUUGGCCAGAAGCGUGGAUUGAAGACCCUGGACCUUGUUGUUCUACGCGUGAUACUUGCUUGUUCAGCUAGUUGCAACAACCUGUCAGCAGACAAAGCAGCCGAAAGCAUUCGAUUAGCAAUCGACGUUUGUGACAGCGUGGAACAAGACCAGAAGGACGGCUGGAUAGCAAAUAAUUCUCCCAAAAUCGCUAAGCUCUGCGAGAAAGUCACCCGCGAAGGUAUCGACCACCAAGUGCAAAUGAUGGGUGUGGCUUUUCUGGUCUCUCUACUUCCAGCAACUGCAUUGUCAUCCAAAAUCCCGAAACUCGCUUUGCAAACGCUUUUGAGCAACGAGGAACACUUACAAGAAGUUGUACCUUUGUAUCUUGUUCCACGUCUGGUAAAGGCGAAUUCUGUUAUUCUUGGAAAAACUGUCAUCUUGGAGUUCGCAAACUGCAUUCUCUCGAAAUUGAGAGAAAAUUGGCCUGAUGACCGAGCCAAUACCAGGGCAAUUCAGCGAGCCAAGUCAAUGCUUCAAGGCCUGCAGGCUUUGGACCCACAGUUCUUCAACACAGCUGUGACGGAUUUCGGUCCAAAAGGGUCGUACAGUCAGUCCUUGGCUGAGCUGAUCGGAGGAUUUCCCCGACGCACACGCUCUUCAAUAUGCCAGAAUGCCGAAUUGUGCUAUGCAUCGCUUGCAGAAGCAGAGAAUGAACUCCUGUUUGAUCUCCUUGUUUUUACUUCUCACAUGACGCUGUCAGUGGCAACCGAUGCUGAUAACAGCGACCUGACUGGCGUAAAUGCCUUCACGCAUUAUCUUUCGAAGGCUAAAAGCUUGCUUGCGGAGAGUAGAUGCGACUUUUCUGAAACGAAGCCUCUUGAUCAUCGAAUAAAACUCUCUUUCCCUGGACUAGGCGAGCAACAUCCAACUUCACGGAGCGACUGGAGAGCUGGGAUAGCGGAGACAAUCAUGAACUGUUCGCGCAUGUCUCAUGAUACUUUGAUACGGAAAAUAGAAGAGGUUUGCGUCGAUCUCGAGCGGCGCUGCAAUACCAUCGAGGAACCAUUGAGGGCAGUCGAAGAAGAGCGUGAUAGAAUUGCGUCUGAAGCCGAACAGCUUCGCCAACACAACGAAAAGCUACAAUCAGAGUUGCAGCAAUCUUCUAGUUCAAUCGCUGGGCUUGAGCGGGACUUACAUCAGCUUCAAAACCAUGCCCAAUCGGCGUCGGUUCGUGUUCAAGAAUUGACAGCCGGCUUGGAUACAGCGCGACGAGAAAUUGAAGAACAACGCCAUACGUCACAGGAAACCUCCAUUAGUGAAAGAGAAAAAGCCCGUACAAGGGAGCUGGACCUCCUUGCCACAAUAACAGAAAAAGAUGAUCAAAUUGAAGAGCUGCAAGAGGAAUCACAAGACCUUCGGGAUGACAACGACAAGUUACGCCAAACAUUAGAUAUGCUCUCAAAAGAGAAUGGUGCCACUUUAGAGCAGACGGCUGUCCUCAAACAGGAGGCUUCGAGACUUCAGGAAUCCGUUGAACAGGGUAGGCUACUUCUAGGACAGAAAGAUGAGGAAAUCAAGCGGUUGUUGUCGGAUCAAGAACGAAUGAGCUCUGACUCACAAGUCCUCCAGAGAAAGCUGGAUGCGGAGAUUGCUUUAACUGAAGAGCUCCGUGGUGCCUUCCAAACUGCAGAGGAGCUUCACAAAACGGAGGUGACUACACUCAGAAAACAAUAUGAGUCGCAACUGUCAGAGAUAACCAUGCAGCACACUAAGAACAAAGAAGAGACAGAGUCUCUGCAAGCCGCCAUGCGUGCAGCCGCUUCAAACGCCGCAAAGAAGCUGCAAACAAGAGACCAACGGAUCCAGCAUCUUGAAAGAAAGGUGCAACAAUUACGCGAUGAGCGGGCAACCAAGGCACGCGAGUUCUCGGAAGCUCAACAACAUAUUGGCCGUUUAAUGAGUGUGAUGGGUUUUAAACCCGACUCCAAAGAGCAGAACACGGCAAGCAAACAACAAUGCUCGGCAUCAACUCCACGGCCAACUCAAAUGACCACAAUGCAGCAGCAAACACCUCAACGGCAGGACUAUACUGAAAGUCAAUCCGAAAAUAUGCUUGCGGACUCUUUUGCCUCCGCAACACCCCAGCCUAGCCGGCGUAGUCCUAAGAGAUCCAGAAACGCUGUCGCUGAUCAAGACACAAAAGAAUUAGCCUGUCGAAGCCGUGUGAGACCGCGACGGGAGCGCCCUGCUCUUGCAGAUGCAAACCAGAAUAGCCAGUCAGGCUCCCAACGAAGCAGCGCUUCAUUAUGCACCCAAGAGAUGGCUGGCCAAGACACCCAGUAUGGUGGUAAUCUGGACGAAAAUCACCUCCAUGAAAUAGAUCUCGACAUGGAUUUGGACUUUUCAAAGGAUUUCUUAUUUACCAGCACUUCCCUUUCUGGAGCGAACGAUAAUAUACUUCCGCCAGGAGCCCAGCAAUGA